AUAUAUAUAUAUAUAUAUAUAUACACACAAUGAACAUUGACGCUUGCAUCGAGUCAAUCAAGGAAUGCAAGUAUUUACCAGAAAACGAUAUGCGACAACUAUGUAACAAGUUGAAAGAGAUACUUGCAGAAGAGUCUACUGUGGUCCCAGUCAAUGCACCAGUGACUUUAUGUGGUGAUAUUCAUGGACAGUUUUAUGACCUUGUCAAGAUAUUUGAAGUAGGAGGUGAUUUACCACAGACAUCCUAUAUAUUUAUGGGUGAUUUUGUGGAUCGUGGUCGAUAUUCACUAGAGACAUUGACCUUAUUGCUGCUAUAUAAAGUCAAAUAUCCUGAUCGUAUUACACUCACAAGAGGCAAUCACGAAAGUCGUAAUGUCACUCGAGUCUAUGGAUUUUAUGAUGAAUGUUUAGCAAAAUAUCAGAAUUCAAAGGUCUGGGAAUGGUGUUGUACUGUCUUUGAUUAUUUGCCAUUAGCUGCUGUGAUUGAUGGCUCUGUAUUUUGUGUUCAUGGUGGAUUAUCCCCUGAAUUACCUUCGAUUGAUUCGAUUCGUACAUUGUUUCGAAUGCAAGAAUUACCACAAAGUGGUGGUCAUUGUGACUUAUUAUGGUCUGAUCCAGAGACACAAGUAGAAGCAUGGGCUAUUAGUCCAAGAGGAGGAGGAUAUCUAUUUGGACCUGUGCCUACGACAGCAUUUUGUCAUAAUAAUGGUAUUGGUUUGAUUGUCAGAAGCCAUCAAUUAGUAGAUGAAGGAUACAAUUAUCCUUUUGAAGAAGGUAACUUGGUGACAUUAUGGUCAGCACCCAAUUACUGCUAUCGAUGUGGAAACAAAGCUGCUAUCCUUAAGAUUCCAGAAGAAAGUCGCCCUAUUGUGUCUAGUGACUAUACCAUCUUUUUAGAAAAUGAUGUACAAGGCGACACUACAACCAUGGCUAAUGGACCUGGUAGUCAAUACUUUAUAUAAAUUUAUUACAAAAUAAGA